AUGCCGACCAAAAAGAAGACGGUGUACAAAACAGUCCCCAAGCCCGUUAAGGGAAUCAAGAAAACCAUCGGCUGCCCCGUCAACUGCAAAGAGUGCGGCACCGACGAUCGCUUCACCCUGACAGCGAUGCUUGAGCACAAGCUGUGGUGCGCCCUUGCUAAGAAGAAGAACCAAGAGACAGCCGCCGAGAAGGAGAAGAGCAAGAAACGUGGGCCCAAGCGGUACUGA